UGGUGAGAUGUUCACAUCAUGCAGGGCUAUGUGGGCGUGAAAACAGGAAGUUUAAUGAACUAUAAAAAGUCUCAGACACAUCCAGCAUAAACAGAGCAAGCGAGGCUCCGAAACAAAAGGUGACUGUAACCACCGAUAACCAACUCCAUCAAGGACUGGUUUCAACAUGCAUUUCUGCAUCAGCUUGACAUUAAUUUUGCUCCACUGCUUCACUGCGGUUCUGCCAAAGGACAGGAAUAAAAACCAAGGGUCUAAGAGGUUCUGCUCACCUAUUAUUGAGCCUUCGAAAGGAACGCUUACUGCCAAGAUUGGGGAGCCUCUGGAGCUGACGUGUAAGGCCAUCGUUGGAAGAUUCAGGCACUACACCAUCAUGUACUGGCUGGCGAACGACCAGUUUAUUGAGGAGAGGUACACAGAUGGCAGAGUCUCAGAGGGAGAGGAAAGUAGCCAGACUGAAAAUGGAAGGAGAGUUAUCAAGAAGGAUCUGAAGUUCACACAGAUGAAACAGGAAGAUCUCAAAGUCAAUUUCACGUGUGUGGUGCUGAAUCCUGUUGGAACCAAAGUGAAAAGCAUCACUUUAGUGGACGUGAUGGAAGAAGUCACUGGUUCAUCCACGUUGAAACCAGAUGAAUAACCCCAUGAACGACACGAUGAUCCUGUGUCUCUUACCAACGCUAUACUCACCUUCGGACGGCUGCACUCUGCAACCAAAUACAUGAAGAGCAAUAGCUGAAGUUUCCGGAACUAGUAAACCUCAAGACACCCAACAACUGUUAAUUGUCCUGUGAUUGGGCGAGGGUUAAAUCAGUGGGUUGCUGGACAGUAUGGCUUGAUAGGCCUGUCCAUCGAUUUAACCCUUGCCUAAUCACAGGACAUUUUACAAUGACCAAUUAACCUACCAGCUGGUAUGUCUUUGGACUGUGGGAGGAAGCUGGAGCACCCGGAGGAAACCCACGCAGUCCCGUGCACAAUGUACAAACUCGUUGCAGGUAGCGGAGGGAUUUGAACCCGGGUCGCUGGUACUGUAAAGUGUUGCACUAACAACUACGCUACCAUGCCUGCCCUGCUGAGCUCCUCCAGUGUUGUGAGUGUGUUGCUCUGAUUUGCUCUCAGGUGGAAGGCUGCAUUAUUGUGUCAAGCUAACACUGGGCAUCUUGGUUAACAUUUCUCUCUCCACCAUCUCGCUGCUUUGUGGACCUUGCUCUGUACCAUUUGGCUCUUGCUUCCUACAUUUCUGGUCAGAUACUAAAUAUAUUCCAUUGGCUUUGUAUCUGUACUCGGCAUAAUGACAAUAAAGUUGAAUCUAAUCUAAUUACAAUGGCCUAAACACACCAGAUUCUGCAGAUGCUGGUAAUCUGUUUCUCCCCCACCACAGAUGCUGCUUGACCUGCUGAGUUCCUCCAAGCAUGGUGUGUGUGUGUGUUACCAUAAUGUCUGUGCUGACUUCUUCAAGAGUACUUUGGGACAGCAGCCUUUAUAGAGAUGAAGUGUUUCAGGAAAAUGAAACUUGUAUAUUAUAAACACGUGUGAUACAUGCAGUCCUAACUGGAGCCUUUAUCUUUAUCAAUUUCUUCCAAUGCUCAAAAGGCAUAUGGUUUAGUAGGUUAAUUGGUUACAUGGGUUGUAAUUGGUGCUACCUUGCUGUAUCUCUAAAAAAAAUAUAAAAUAUUUAUGCUAUAAUUCCAAAUUGUCGAUGUAUAAUACACACCUGGCGAUAUCAAUGAAGAUUCAUUUGCUUCACCAAGAGAUCCAUUUCUUGCAGGCAUUCACAAUAGAAUCAGUAAAAAGCACCACAGACUGACUAGUGUGCAAAAGACUACAAACUGAUCAAAUACAAAAAGGGAAAAAAAACCAACAAAAAUAAAUAAAUCAGCAAUAAAU